AUGACACACCAAACCCAUGCAUACCACAUAGUAAACCCAAGCCCAUGACCACUCACAGGGGCUUUAUCAGCCUUACUACUGACUUCCGGCUUAGUAAUGUGAUUCCACUUUAACUCAACAACCCUUCUAUGCAUAGGACUUUUAGCGAACUCACUAACAAUAUAUCAAUGAUGACGGGAUAUCGUUCGAGAAGGAACAUUUCAAGGACAUCAUACUCCUAUUGUCCAAAAAGGACUCCGAUAUGGCAUAAUCCUAUUUAUCAUUUCAGAAGUAUUCUUCUUCGCCGGAUUUUUCUGAGCCUUCUACCACUCCAGUCUGGCCCCAACCCACGAAUUAGGAGGAUUUUGACCACCAGCUGGAAUUCACCCACUAAAUCCAUUGGAAGUUCCACUCCUUAAUACAUCGGUACUACUAGCUUCAGGGGUUUCUAUUACCUGAGCCCACCACAGCUUAAUAGAAGGAAGCCGAAAACAUAUAAUCCAAGCACUAUUCAUCACGAUUGCUCUAGGAGUAUACUUCACAGUUCUACAAGCAGCAGAAUAUUACGAAGCACCAUUUACCAUCUCAGAUGGUGUAUACGGGUCAACAUUUUUUAUAGCAACAGGAUUUCAUGGACUACAUGUAAUUAUCGGAACAACUUUCCUGACGGUAUGUUUCGUCCGUCAACUAAAAUAUCACUUUACAUCAAAACACCACUUCGGAUUUGAAGCAGCCGCCUGAUACUGACAUUUCGUAGACGUAGUAUGACUAUUCCUGUACGUCUCUAUUUACUGAUGAGGAUCCU